AUGGUUUUCGAAAAUACGCUCUUCGAAGCUGCCGCAGGGGCAUACUCUAACGUGGAGGAUAUGCUCAAUUAUUCAAAAGCCCUUCUUGAACCUUACUCGAGUGAUCAUGCUCCAGAUGAGCUAAAUGUUUUGCUAUCCGGGCACAUUCCCGUUCUGGGGCCUUCAUUUCGAGAACGUUCCUACGCAAUGGGGUGGAUUCGCACACAACUUCCUGGAGUGCUCGGCGUUAUGGGCGAAAACAUAGGCAUACUCGGCAGCGUGGAGGAGCUUCCUCUGCUUGGAAAGGGAUCACCGUCGAUGAUUUGCCUAUACCACCAGGGUUCCACUGCAGGGUAUUAUAGCAAUAUCGCGCUAUUCCCAGAGACGAAGUCUGCUAUUGUCGUCCUUGCCAAUUCGAUUUCAUUAACGGAUUUCCCAGACACAAUUUCCCAGAGCAUCGCACAAGUGCUCUUUGAUUUUCCGGAUCCGGUUGACUUUGUUGAGUUUACUAAAGACACAAGAGCCAAGCUCAUUAGCCAGUAUGAGAAACAGGCGGCAGCCAUUGCAGCCAGGCGGCGACUAGACACACAAAAGCUUCCUCCGAAAGCUUCCUCUUGA